GGGUGUCGGUGGAAAACAUCAAAAUCAAAAACAGCCCAUAAGCGCAAAAUCAGUGUUAUUCGAGAAAGUGCGGUUUUUUUGUGUGUUUUUUGAGUUUUGACAAUGGAAGCAAUGAAGCAGAAGAUGAUAGUGGAAUUGAUUGUAUUGUUGAUGAUGGUGUUUGUUUUGAGUGUAAGUGGUUGGACUGGUGAAAUUCGUGGAAGAGUUGUUUGUGAUGUUUGUGGUGAUUCUUCUCUUGGUCCUGAAGAUCAUGUUCUUGAAGGUGCUGAAGUUGCUGUUCUUUGCAUAACCAAAUCUGGCGAAGUUCUAAAUUAUCAGGCAUUUACAGAUGCUAAGGGGAUAUACACAGUAGCUGAGACAAUGCCCGAGAGUGAUCGUUGGGAUGCAUGUCUUGCUCGACCAAUCAGUAGUUUCCAUGAGCACUGCACUCGUCUUGGUGGUGGUAGUUCGGGGAUUAAAUUCAGUUACAAUCAUCCAUCGGGGUAUUCACAUGCUGUCAGAACCUUUGUUUACCAACCUGUCAAUGUUCCAACAUACUGCAUCUGAUAUAUACUAUACUGACUUUUCUUGUUCGGAAUCUGUUAGUGUUUGUGCUUGAUUGAACUGCAAUCAAAACAGUAUAUGCAUGUGUCUGCAAUGUAUUUAUUAUACAUAGAAAACCAAGUAAAACUAGAGCAUGAAAGUUAUUUUAUCAGAUUGCAUAUGGCGAUUUCAUAUUGUGAUAGAAAAUCAUUGUAAAUGGUAUUGCCAUCUGAGAUAGGUUAAUCAUGACUAUAUGAACACAUGCAAAUGAAUGGAAAAUAUUAGUUUUUCUUCUAUUCUUGACCACCCAUGUAUAGUCAUGAUUAACACAAUUCACACACCUAUUGUUUCCUACUUAAACAUUUAAAUUUA